AAAUCAGCUCACCAUCGUCCUCAAACCCUGUCCUAUAAGAACGGCUAUGCCCUGCCGCACCGGCCAAAGGUUGGCAUCGGACAAGCCCCUCUCCUGUCCAGUGAGCUGACCCAGAGUGAGAUCAACCAGUUGUCCAAUCAGACGCCUGCCCUCACCUAUGGCACAACCCACUACAGCCCGGCACUGGACUUCAUCCCUGCUCAUGUUGCUUAUGACAAGAAGGCAUGCUACUAUAGCCUCAGGCUGGGCAACUAUGAAAUGAUAUCAUUGUUUUCUGAAGUUUUUACAGAACAGUAUCCAGGCAGAGGAAUACACUGAUCUGCCCUCUCCCUUUGCUUUCUCUCUCAUCCCUCUUCUCUCCUCCCUUGCCCCUCCUCCUUUUCACUCUCUCCUCCCCUCUCCCCUCACCCACUCCCAUUUCCUCUCCUCCAGGUGCUGCGUUUCUAUGGCUACUUCCAGCAGGAGGUGCUGCACUCGCCCCAGGAGGGUUACCGCGUGCGCCCUGUGGUCAUUUACUACUACCAGGAGGACGACAGCAUGUGUAUCAUGGAACCGGUGGUGGAGAACUCUGGGAUACCACAAGUAGGCAAAGAAGAUCGGAGGAGAUAAGAAUCUUAACUUCCACUUAAAGUGGAACUGACAGAAUUUUAGCAACAUGAAAUCUUAUUAAAAUCUGUUCGUAUACACCCCCAGGGAGAAUAUGACACUUUUAGAAACAUUUUCUGACAAGCGAGCACUUAGAUAUGGUCAUUUUCAACUUUUCAUAAAUUCUUAUAAUGUUUGGGAAUUACGUAUACUAAGACAUUUGUGAAAAUUCUAUAGCAAUAUAGAGUGGGAACAGCGGCCAUGCAUUUGGACAAUUAAUAGACACUGCAGUAAAUAAAACAACUAAUGCUAGCCAGAGAAAGAUGAGCUAACAUCUAACGAAGGAACAUUAGAUAAACCCUCUCAAACAUUUUCAGUUAUUUGGCCAUCAAAAUUGCAUUGAUAAACAAUGGGGAAUUGUAGUCUACUCGUCCUUCUGCAACUUACUUGCCAGCAAUGCACCCAAAGCUAACUGGCUAAAGUUGGCUAGCUUGCUAGCUACUUCCAGACACAAAUGAGAGAACAACUUACUCUGACUAUUUUACUUGCCCUAGCAGAGCUGUUUAGUCUGUUUGCAUGUUAUCUAGACUGUUCGUGACUAACUAUUACUUUCUUUGCCUACGUUUACUGACCGGUCAUAUUCAGCGGAUGUUGCAUGUUCGUAAGUUCAUCAGUUAUUCUGUGCUCUGGCACACAGAUGAGAGUGCUCUGAAAUUGGAGUAGAUAGAUAGUGAAUUUGCGAACAAAAGAGAUAUGCUAACUGGAUAACAGUUGUUCAAGUUCUUGCUAGCUAACCAAAUGACACCUGCAUCUCUAGCUGUGUAUAGCCACCGAAAAACGAUAUGAGGGGAAAAAGUCAGUCACUCACCCACUCCUCCAAUGACAUGACAUGACAUCCUCCUAGCAGAUAGCUAGCUAACUAUCUAGCUAAUGUUAGGCUCUGUGUUUUUAGCUUGUUGCUAUAUAAAUAGAUACGCUAACCUAUUAGUCACGUUAUGACUGGCUUGUGAUCAUUGCCCUUGCUAGUUUGAUUGUAUUGUCAUUCCCAGCCUUAGUUACAUUAGUCCGUUUUUGCCCAAAAUAUUGAGCCAUUAAAACUAAAACAGUGCAUUCCGAAUUGAGGCAGCAAACAUUGUACCAGGCCAGCUGUGAUUUACAACCUGAUAGCAAUAUUUUUUGGACUACCAAGAAAUGUAUUGGUGAAUUAUAUAUUAAUCAUGCAUUGAACUGCUUCAAUUUAUUCUGCCAACAAUGCCUUAGUGUACGUCAUGGAAUGUUGAGGCAAAUAUAACCUAUUUUUAAAACCUCUUAUAAAGUUGGUUUUGUAGCAUAAACUGGGAAAUUGAUUUUUUUUUACUGAUAUUAUGAUUGUCUGUUUGUUUCAUAUCUGCAAAGUAGUUAAAACGCUGUAAGUUCCACUUGAAAUGUGUAUUUGUACUUAGGGCGACAUUUUCCCCUAGCAAAGACAGCUGCGCUGUGAACUAACGCACUGCAACGUUCUAAAUAACUAUUUUAGAAGAUGUUUUGGUUUUUCUUCUAGGACAAAAUUGAUAGGAGAUAUGACUAUGAGCCUAUUUUCGAUGCGUGACUCCAUUCUUCCUCGACUGCAGGGCAAGCUGAUCAAGCGCCAGAGGCUGCCCAAGAACGACCGCGGCGACCACUACCACUGGAAAGAUCUCAACGUGGGCAUGGACCUGGUGGUGUACGGCACCGUCUACCGCGUCACACACUGCGACAGCCACACACAGGUGAAUAGAUACGAUACACAAACACAUCACACACGUUAUCUAUCACACACUAGGAUACCAACACAUAGGUAAACACUAACACAAAGUGAAAUAUACACACGGUAAACACACACACAUCUUACUCACUGUGACACAUAGUCAGUUAGACACACAUCACACACACACACACACACGUAAACAUCUGACUAGUUUUCCUCACUAUGUUGUGAAAUGCACUUUGUUUACUUUUCAUGUUCUGUGUUGAAUACGUCCAGAUCCUUGGUAUGUACAGUACCAGUAAAAAGUUUGGACACACCUACUCAUUCCAGGGUUUUUCUUUAUUUUUACUAUUUUCUACAUUGUAGAAUAAUAGUGAAGACAUCAAAACUAUGAAAUAACACAUAUGGAAUCAUGUAGUAACCAAAAAAGUGUUAAACAAAUCAAUAUAUAUUUGAGAUUCUUCAAAGUAGCCACUCUUUGCCUUAAUGACAGCUUUGCACACUCUUGGCAUUCUCUCAUCCAGCUUCAUGAGGUACAGUGAGGGAAAAAAGUAUUUGAUCCCCUGCUGAUUUUGUACGUUUGCCCACUGACAAAGAAAUGAUCAGUCUAUAAUUUUAAUGGUAGGUUUCUUUGAACAGUGAGAGACAGAAUAACAACAACAAAAAUCCUGAAAAACGCAUGUCAAAAAUUUUAUAAAUUGAUUUGCAUUUUAAUGAGGGAAAUAAGUAUUUGACCCCUCUGCAAAACAUGACUUAGUACUUGGUGGCAAAACCCUUGUUGGCAAUCACAGAGGUCAGAUGUUUCUUGUAGUUGGCCACCAGGUUUGCACACAUCUCAGGAGGGAUUUUGUUCCACUCCUCUUUGCAGAUCUUCUCCAAGUCAUUAAGGUUUCGAGGCUGACGUUUGGCAACUCGAACCUUCAGCUCCCUCCACAGAUUUUCUAUGGGAUUAAGGUCUGGAGACUGGCUAGGCCACUCCAGGACCUUAAUGUGCUUCUUCUUGAGCCACUCCUUUGUUGCCUUGGCCGUGUGUUUUGGGUCAUUGUCAUGCUGGAAUACCCAUCCACGACACAUUUUCAAUGCCCCGGCUGAGGGAAGGAGGUUCUCACCCAAGAUUUGACGGUACAUGGCCCCGUCCAUCGUCCCUUUGAUGCGGUGAAGUUGUCCUGUCCCCUUAGCAGAAAAACACCCCCAAAGCAUAAUGUUUCCACCUCCAUGUUUGACGGUUGGGAUGGUGUUCUUGGGGUCAUAGGCAGCAUUCCUCCUCCUCCAAACACGGCGAGUUGAGUUGAUGCGAAAGAGCUCCAUUUUGGUCUCAUCUGACCACAACACUUUCACCCCGUUCUCCUCUGAAUCAUUCAGAUGUUCAUUGGCAAACUUCAGACAGGCAUGUAUAUGUGCUUUCUUGAGCAGGGGGACAUUGCGGGCGCUGUAGGAUUUCAGUCCUUCAUGGCGUAGUGUGUUACCAAUUGUUUUCUUGGUGACUAUGGUCCCAGCUGCCUUGAGAUCAUUGACAAGAUCCUCCCGUGUAGUUCUGGGCUGAUUCCUCACCGUUCUCAUGAUCAUUGCAACUCCACGAGGUGAGAUCUUGCAUGGAGCCCCAUGCCGAGGGAGAUUGACAGUUAUUUUGUGUUUCUUCCAUUUGCGAAUAAUCGCACCAACUGUUGUCACCUUCUCACCAAGCUGCUUGGCGAUGGUCUUGUAGCCCAUUCCAGCCUUGUGUAGGUCUACAAUCUUGUCCCUGACAUUCUUGGAUAGCUCUUUGGUCUUGGCCAUGGUGGAGAGUUUGGAAUCUGAUUGAUUGAUUGCUUCUGAGAACAGGUGUCUUUAAUACAGGUAACAAGCUGAGAUUAGGAGCACUCCCUUUAACAGUGUGCUCCUAAUCUCAGCUCGUUACCUGUAUAAAAGACACCUGGGAGCCAGAAAUCUUUCUGAUUGAGAGGGGGUCAAAUACUUAUUUCCCUCAUUAAAAUGAAAAUCAAUUUAUAACAUUUUUGACAUGCGUUUUACUGGAUUUCUUUGUUGUUAUUCUCUCACUGUUCAAAUAAACCUACCAUUAAAAUUAUAGACUGAUCAUGUCUUUGUCAGUGGGCAAACGUACAAAAUCAGCAGGGGAUCAAAUACUUUUUUCCCUCACUCUAGUCACCUGGAAUGCAUUUCAAUUAAACAGGUGUGCCUUGUUAAAAGGUAAUUUGUGGAAUUGAUUUCCUUCUUAAUGCGUUUGAGCCAAUCAGUUGUGUUGUGACAUGGUAGGGGUGGUAUACAGAAGAUAGCCCUAUUUGGUAAAAGACCAAGUGCAUAUUAUGGCAAGAACAGCUCAAAUAAGCAAAGAGAAACGACAGUCCAUCAUUACUUUAAGACAUGAAGGUCAGUCAAUCCGGAAAAUAUCAAGAACUUUGAAAGUUUCUUCAAGUGCAGUCGCAAAAACCAUCAAGCGCUUUGAUGAAGCUGGCUCUCAUGAGGACCGCCACAGGAAAGGAAGACCCAGAGUUACCUCUGCUGCAGAGGAUAAGUUAAUUAGAGGUAACUGCACCUCAGCGCAAUGACCGGUGGAAAUCUGUCCUUUGGUCUGAUGAGUCCAAAUUUGAGAUUUUUGGUUCCAACCACCGUGUCUUUGUGAGACGCAGAGUAGGUGAACGGAUGAUCUCCACAUGUGUGGUUCCCAUCAUGAAGCAUGGAGGAGGAGGUGUGAGGGUGUGGGGGUGCUUUGCUGGUGACACUGUCUGUGAUUUAUUUAGAAUUCAAGGCACACUUAACCAUCAUGGCUACCACAGCAUUCUUCAGCGAUACGCCACCCCAUCUGGUUUGCGCUUAGUGGGACUAUCAUUUUUUAUUCAACAGGGCAGUGACCCAAAACACACCUCCAGGCUGUGUAAGGGCUAUUUGACCAGGAAGGAGAGUGAUGGAGUGCUGCAUCAGAUGACCAGGCCUCCACAAUUGACAUUUACAUGAUUUAGCAGACGCUCUUAUCCAGAGCGACUUACAAAUUGGUGCAUUGAACUUAUGAUAGCCAGUGGGACAACCACCUUUUUCUUUUCUUUUUUGGGGGGUGGUGGGGGAAGAAGGAUUACUUUAUACUAUUCCAGGUAUUCCUUAAAGAGGUAGGGUUUCAAGUGUCUCCGGAAGGUGGUCAGUGACUCCGCUGUCCUGGCCUCGUGGGGGAGCUUGAACGCAUGAACGUAGUGCCCUCGUUUGGGUGUAGGGUCUGAUCAGAGCCUGAAGGUAAGGAGGUGCCGUUCCCCUCACAGCUCCGUAGGCAAGCACCAUGGUUUUGUAGUAGAUACGAGCCUCAACUGGAAGCCAGUGGAGUGUGCGGAGGAGCGGGUGACAUGAGAGAACUUGGGAAGGUUGAACACCAGACGGGCUGCAGCGUUCUGGAUAAGUUGUAGGGGUUUAAUGGCACAGGCAGGGAGCCCAGCCAACAGCGAGUUGCAGUAAUCCAGACGGGAGAUGACAAGUGCCUGGAUUAUGACCUGUGCCGCUUUCUGUGUAAGGUAGGGUCGUACUCUGCGAAUGUUGUAGAGCAUGAACCUGCAGGAUCGGGUCACCACUUUGAUGUUAGCGGAGAACGACAGGGUGUUGUCCAGGGUCACGCCAAGAUUCUUUGCACUCUGGGAGGAGGACACAAUGGAGUUGUCAACCGUGAUGGCGAGAUCAUGGAGCGGGCAGUCCUUCCCCGGGAGGAAGAGCAGCUCCGCCUUGCCGAGGUUCAGCUUGAGGUGGUGAUCCGACAUCCACACUGAUAUGUCUGCCAGACAUGCAGAGAUGCAAUUCGCCACCUGGUUAUCAGAAGGAAAGGAAAGGAAAAAAUGAAUUGUGUGUCGUCUGCGUAGCAAUGAUAGGAGAGACCAUGUGAGGAUAUGACAGAGCCAAGUGACUUGGUGUAUAGAGAGAAUAGGAGAGGGCCUAGAACUGAGCCCUGGGGGACACCAGUGGUGAGAGCAUGUGGUGCGGAGACAGAUUCUCGCCACGCCACCUGGUAGGAGCGACCUGUCAGGUAGGACGCAAUCCAAGAGUGAGCAGCGCCGGAGAUGCCCAACUCCGAGAGGUUGGAGAGGAGGAUCUGAUGGUUCACAGUAUCAAAGGCAGUGGAUAGGUCUAGAAGGAUAAGAGCAAAGGAGAGAGAGUUAGCUUUAGCAGUGCGGAGAGCCUCCGUGCCACAGAGAAGAGCAGUCUCAGUUGAAUGACCAGUCUUGAGACCUGACUGGUUUGGAUCAAGAAGGUCAUUCUGAGAGAGAUAGCACGAGAGUUGGCUAGAGACGGCACGCUCAAGAGUUUUGGAGAGAAAAGAAAGAAGGGAUACUGGUCUGUAGUUGCUGACAUCGGAGGGAUCGAGUGUAGGUUUUUUGAGGAGGGGUGCAACUCUCCCUCUCUUGAAGACGGAAGGGACAUGGCCAGCGGUCAAGGAUGAGUAGAUGAGCAAGGUGAGGUAAGGGAGAAGGUCUCCGGAAAUGGUCUGGAGAAGAGAGGAGGGGAUAGGGUCAAGCGGGCAGGUUGUUGGGCGGCCGGCCGUCACAAGUCGCAAGAUUUCAUCUGGAGAGAGAGGGGAGAAAGAAGUCAAAGCAUAGGGUAGGGCUGUGUGAGCAGGACCAGCGGUGUCAUUUGACUUAAUAAAUGAGGAUCGGAUGUCGUCAACCUUCUUUUCAAAAUGGUUGACGAAGUCAUCCACAGAGAGGGAGAAGGGAGGGGGAGGAGGAGGAGGAUUCAGCAGGGAGGAGAAGGUGACAAAGAGCUUCCUAGGGUUAGAGGCAGAGGCUUGAAAUUUAGAGUGGUAGAAAGUGGCUUUAGCAGCGGAAACAGAGGAAGAGAAUGUAGAGAGGAGGGAGUGAAAAGAUGACAGGUCCGCAGGGAGUCUAGUUUUCCUCCAUUUCCGCUCGGCUGCCCGGAGCCCUCUUCUGUGAGCUCGCAAUGAGUCGUCAAGCCACGGAGCAGGAGGGGAGGACCGAGCCGGCCGGGAGGAUAGGGGACAUAGAGAGUCAAAAGAUGCAGAAAGGGAGGAGAGGAGGGUAGAGGAGGCAGAAUCAGGAGAUCAGAAUGAGAAGGAUUUAGCAGAGGGAAGAGAUGACAGGAUGGAAGAGGAGAGAGUAGCGGGAUAGAGAGAGCGAAGGUUGCAAUGGCACAUUACCAUCUGAGUAGGGGCAGAGUGAGUAGUGUUGGAGGAGAGCGAGAGAGAAAACCCAAUUGAGAUGGUUUGGGAUGAGUUGGACCGCAGAGUGAAGGAAAAGCAGCCAACAAGUUUUCAACAUAUGUGGGAACUCCUUCAAGACUGUUGGAAAAGCAUUCCUCAUGAUGCUGGUUGAGAAAAUGCCAAGAGUGUGCAAAGCUGUCAUCGAGGCAAAGGGUGGCUACUUUGAAGAAUCUAGAAUAUUAAAUAUAUUAUGAUUUGUUUAACACUUUUUUGGUUACUACAUGAUUCCCUAUGUGUUAUUUCAUAGUUUUGAUGUCUUCACUAUUGUUUUACAAUGUAAAGAAAAACCCUGGAAUGAGUAGGUGUGUCCAAACCUUUGAUUGGUACUGUAUAUUAUCUGUAUCUAUGCUAUAAUAUAUACUCUGUACUGUGUCUCAUGUGGUCAGGACUUCAUGGAGAGCGAGGGUCUGGUUCUGAACGACCCUGAGCCGACCCCGGUCGACCCGUACAUCCAGCGGCGCUCCCAGGCUGGACGCUCCUACAUCACCCCACCCGUCUUCGACCGCCUCAAGCAGUUCCUCACCAUGGACCGCAAGGUGAGCGGGCUAUACUUAGUCUCCCUGACUCCUAUAUGCCUCUCAUAUGGAUAUUAUCUAUUGGUCGAUAUGAGGCCCAAUGUCAUUAUCUGACACUCAUCACCUAUGUAAGCCAUGCAAUCAAUGCUCCCAUGCACUUCAUAAAAUCUUUUGAUUAACAUAUUAAUUGAUCUCCAGCACCUGCAUACAUGUGUAAAAACACAAUUGAUGUACAGUGAGCUCUUGGGACAGUGACACAUGUUUUGUUGUUUUGCAGUCCAGCACUUUGGAUUGGAAAUUAUACAACGACUAUGAGGUUAAAGUGCAGACUGUCAGCUUUAAUUUGAGGGUAUUUUCAUCCAUAUCAGGUGAACAGUUUAGAAAUUACAGCACUUUUUGUACAUAGUCCCAUUUUAGGGGACCAAAAGUAUUGGGAAUAAUUCACUUAUAUUUGUAUUAAAGGAGUCAAAAGUUUAGUAUUUGGUCCUAUAUUCCUGGCACGCAAUGAUUACAUCAAGCUUGUGACUCUACAAACGUGUUGAAUGCAUUUGCUGUUUGUUUUGGUUGUGUUUCAGAUAAUUUUGUGCCCAAUAGAAAUGAAUGGUAAAUAAUGUAUUGUGUCAUUUUGGAGUCACUUUUAUUGUAAAUAAGAAUAGAAUAUGUUUCUAAACACUUCUACAUUAAUGUGGAUGCUACCAUGAUUACAGAUAGUCCUGAAUGAAUCGUGAAUAAUGAUGAUUGAGAAAGUUAGAUAAGGAUAAUCAACGAGGGGCUAUGCAUUCUAUGGAAAAUAAUAUACGAUGUGGAAAGUGUGUUCCACGACACACUAGUGGAAUGGAAUUGACCUUCCACGGAGUUGCAUUAUUUUCAAAAGAACACAUAGAGCUCCGAGUUGAUUAUCCCUUUUAUACCAUGGUUAUAAAUUAACACAUUUGCCACUAGAAAUGUGUUUAACCCCCCCCUUCCUUCAAAAAAAUGCUAACCUCCCCUGUAAUUGUAAUGGCGAGAGGUUAGCAUGUCUUGUGGGUAUGAUAUUUGUGCGUCUGUAACUUUCUCACUCAUAAUUAUUCACGAUUCAUUCAGGACUAUCUGUAAUCAUGGUAGCAUCCACAUUAAUGUAGAAGUGUUUAGAAACAUAAUCUAUUCUUAUUUACAAUAAAAGUGUCUCCAAAAUGACACAGUACAUUAUUAACCAUUCAUUUCUAUUGGGCACAAAAUAAUCUGAAACACAACCAAAACAAAAGACAAAUGCAUCCAACAAGUUUGUAGAGUCACAAGCUUGAUGUAAUCAUUGUGUGCCAGGAAUAUGGGACCAAAUGCUAAACUUUUGACUACUUUAAUACACAUGAUUGAAUUUGUCCCAAUACUUUUGGUUCCCUAAAAUGGGGGGACUAUUUACAAAAAGUACUGUAAUUUCUAAACGGUUCACCCGAUGUGGCUGAAAAUACCAUCAAAUUAAAGCUGACAGUCUGCACUUUAACCUCAUAGUCAUUGUAUCAUUUCAAAACAACAACAAAUGUGUCACUGUCCGAAUACUUUUGGAGCUCACUGUAAGUAAAAUCUUCCUAUAGCUUAGUCAUGUACCAUUUUACCAUGAUUUAUAUUCAAAUCAGUCCAAGCAAAGGACUCUCAAAGGAUAUAGUAUGGGUUUAAACACACGUAACUAUUUCUAUGGCUAAACAUGACCUCAUCAGGAUCUUAUUCUCUCUAUAACCUUUGACCUCUGUCCAUAUGUAUCAAUAGGUGCUGCGUUUCUUUGCGCUGUGGGACUACACUGACUCUCUGUACGGGGAGGCCAGGCCUGUGACAAUCCAGUACUAUCUGGUGGAUGACUCAGUGGAGAUCCGAGAGGUCCAUGAACCCAACAGUGGCCGAGACCCCUUCCCUGUGCUGCUACGCAGACAGAGGCUGCCCAAGAACAUCAAACCAGCCUGCAGUAAGUCUCGCUGUUACUGUAGCUAUCGGCACUAGUUUCUCUGUGUAGUGAUCUAUACGGGUUAAUGCUGAGAGAGCCCAACAGUGACCGGGACCCCUUCCCUUGCAGCACAAGAACAUCAAAACAGCCUGCGGUAAGGCCUGUUGUCGUCAUGCAUUUUGCUAUUGGAACUAAUUUCUCUGUGAAGAUGAGUACAGUGAUGCCGGAGUGGGGUAGUGGUGAGCACUGCAGACUCCAGGCCACAGAUAUCCUUGGUGACGGGGGUUAAAAUCAGUUCAAUUUAAAUCAGGGGUUCAAUUGGGGCGGCAGGUAGCCUAGCGGUUAAGAGUGUUGGGCCAGUAACCAAAAGGUCAAAAAUCUGUGGAUGUGCCCUUGAGCGAGGCAUUUAACCCUAAUUUGCUCCAUGGGUGCCGUACUACUAUGGCUGUAAAACAACACAUUUCACUGCACCUAUUAGACAAUAUAUAUAUAUAUAUACAUACAGUACCAGUCAAAAGUUUGGACACACCCACUAUACAACAGUCCCCAUGUCCUUCUAAUGACUGUACAAAAGUCCCCAUGUGUUUCUAAUGACUAUACAACAGUCCCCAUGUCCUCCUAAUUACUAUACAACAGUCCCCAUGUCCUCCAAAUGACUAUACAACAGUCCCCACAUACUUCAAAUGACUAUACAACAGUCCCCAUGUGUUUCUAAUGACUAUACACCAGUCCCAUGUGUUUCUAAUGACUAUACAACAGUCCCCAUGUGUUUCUAAUGACUAUACAACAGUCCCCAUGUGUUUCUAAUGACUAUACAACAGUCCCAUGUGUUUCUAAUGACUAUACAACAGUCCCCAUGUGUUUCAAAUGACUAUACAACAGUCCCCAUGUGUUUCUAAUGACUAUACAACAGUCCCCAUGUGUUUCUAAUGACUAUACAACAGUCCCCAUGUCCUCCAAAUGACUAUACAACAGUCCCCACAUACUUCAAAUGACUAUACAACAGUCCCCAUGUGUUUCUAAUGACUAUACACCAGUCCCAUGUGUUUCUAAUGACUAUACAACAGUCCCCAUGUGUUUCUAAUGACUAUACAACAGUCCCCAUGACCUUCCUCCCAUCUCCAGAGCCCUUCCCUAGCUGUGUACUGGAGGUGUCCCCCCAGGAGGUGCACCAGUACUACUCGCCCAAGGACUUCCAGGUGGGCGAGACCCUGCAGCUGAUGGGCCGGCGCUUCCUGCUCUAUGACUGUGACGAGUUCACCAAGACCUACUACCAGAAGAACCACCCCGACCUAGAGCUCAAACCCAAACCUGUGGUCAAGAAGACCACAGAGCUGCACGACAGGCAUAAGGUGAAAGGGCGGAGGGUUGGAUUGGUGGAGUUAGGGAGGGUUGGUGGGUGGGAGGAAGAGUUGGAUUGGUGGAGUUAGGGAGGGUUGGUGGGUGGUAGGAAGAGUUGGAUUGGUGGAGUUAGGGAGGGUUGGUGGAGUUAGGGAGGGUUGGUGGGAGGGAGGGAGGAAGGGAUGGAUUGGUGGAGUUAGGUAGGGUUGGUAGGUGGGAGGAAGGAAGAGUUGGAUUGGUGGAGUUAGGGUUGGUGGGAGGAAGGGAUGGAUUGGUGGAGUUAGGGUUGGUGGGAGGAAGGUGUGGAUUGGUGGAGUUAGGGAGGGUUGGAUUGGUGGAUUUAGGGAGGGUUGGUGGGAGGGAGGGAGGGAGGGAUGGAUUGGUGGAGUUAGGGAGGGUUGGUGGGAGGGAGGAAGGGAUAGAUUGGUGGAGUUAGGGAGGGUUGGUGGGAGGAAGGGAUGGACUGGUGGAGUUAGGGAGGGUUGGUGUGAGGAAGGAAGGGUUGGAUUGGUGGAGUUAAGGAGGGUUGGUGUGAGGAAGAAAGGGAUGGAUUGGUGGAGUUAAGGAGGGUUGGUGUGAGGAAGGAAGGGUUGGAUUGGUGGAGUUAAGGAGGGUUGGUGUGAGGAAGGAAGGGUUGGAAUGGUGGAGUUAGGGAGUUAGGGAGGGAGGGAGGGAGGGAGGAAGGGAGGGAGGGAUGGAUUGGUGGAGUUAGGGAAGGUUGGUGGCAGGAAGGGAUGGAUGGAUUGGUGGAGUUCGGGAAGGUUGGUGGGAUGAAGGGAUAGAUUGGUGGAGUUAGGGAGGGUUGGUGGGAGGAAGGGAUGGAUUGUUUUUUCUGCCCAUGCCUACUUCUACACCCCAUAUCCUCUCCCUCGUGGGUGGUUGAGUGGGUGGUUGAGCGGGUGGGAGGGAGGUUCUAUCUGUUCAUUUGUCCGCCAGUCCCAGCUGCAUGAGAGGUUGCCUGUUUCUGUCACAUACAUCCCAUCACCUCUCCUCACCUCACCUCUCCUCACCUCACCUCUCCUCUCCUCUAUUCCAUCUACAGGUUCCUCCCUACAAUGGUUUUGGUUCUCUGGAGGACUCCCUUCAGAAUUGCCUGUCUCUGAUCCCUGAGCCCCCUAAGAAGGACCUGAUGAAGAUGCUGGAGAACGACCACAAAGUUCUGCGCUACGCUGCCAGAAUGGUGAGGGGCUGUUGGGGGGGGGGGGGGGGAGUGGGGUCUCUACCUGGGGCUCUGGGAAGCUAGUUGCUGUAAUACCCUUUUCACACUACUGAGACUGGUAUUAGUGUCACUGGUCAAGAGGUUGAAUCUGAACCCCAAUAGGCCAUGACAACCACUGAGAAACAUGUUUACAUGCUAGUUGUGACAUCUCAUAUCUCAGUCACCCUUUAUGAGUGUAACCAAUCACCAUCUUCAUUUUCUUCCACCCUCGCUCUGACAUCACAGGACUCCCAGAAUCCCAAGGACGAGGGCCGCCGCUUCAUCCUCUCCUACUUCCUGUCCAAUGACAUGAUCAGUAUCUUCGAGACGUCCACGCGCAACUCUGGCAUCAUCGGCGGCCAGUUCCUGGAGAAGACACGCAUCCCCAAGCCGGGCUGCACCGUGGACAAGCCCGAGUUCUAUGGGCCGGCCGACUUCGCCAUCGGAGACACCGUGGAGGGUAGGCUUCCUGGUGCUGUACUGUUAUGUUCAAAGAGUGUUGUACUGUUCUGUUCACAGAGUGUUGUACUGUUCUGUUCACAGAGAUGUUGAACUGUUCUGUUCAGAGAGAUGUUUUAGCUUGGAGGAGAUGUAGUGUAGCUCCUAUAAAGUUUAGUCUAGUCCCAGAUCUGUUUGUGCUGUCUUGCCAACUCCUAUAGUCGUUGGCGUGGCAGAUCUGGGACCAGGUUUAAUUCUAGCCUCAUUGACAUUACAGUCCAUUUCGAUCAGAACCUUCUUCCAACCAAAAACACAUGUAUUUCACUGGUGAAGAACAGUGUUAUUGUUCUAUAGACCCUGUUGCCUCAGUGCAUGAGUGUCUCAGGUCAGAUUGAACCUUUAGUACAACCAUUCACAUUGAUAUCCCCACUCUCAUGGUCCCUUUUCCCUCCUACCCUCCCUCAGUUUUCAGACACCGCUUUGUACUGACCGAUGCUGACCACUACGUGCUGAAGUACCUGGAGUCCAUCUCGGAUCAACUCCCCUCUCGCACCCUGACCUCCCUGAGACAGAGGCUGGGCCUGGACAUGGCUGAAAAGGGGGGGGGGGCCCACACCGACCCACAGUCAGGUAAGGACAUAAGUGUCCACAGUUGUUGCCAAGGUGACACACUAUUGCCAUGGUGACACACUAUUCAACAGCGCGAUUGAAAUUUAAAGGCAAUGUUCCCGCGUUAGAGGAGACUGCAUUCAUGGUAAACACUGCAUACACUACAUGACCAAAAGUAUGUGGACACCUGCUCGUCGAACAUCUCAUUCCAAAAUCAUGGGCAUUAAUAUGGAGUUGGUCCCCCCUUUGCUGCUAUAACAGCCUCCACUCUUCUGGGAAGGCUUUUCACUAGAUGUUGGAACAUUGCUGCGAGAACUUUCUUCCACUCAGCCACAAGAGCAUUAGUGAGGUCGGGCACUGAUGUUGGGCGAUUAGGCCUGGCUCGCAGUCGGCGUUCCAAUUCAUCCCAAAGGUGUUCAAUGGGGUUGAGGUCAGGGCUUUGUGCAGGCCAGUCAAGUUCUUUCACACCGAUCUCGACAAACCAUUUCAGUAUGGACCUUGUUUUAUGCACGGGGGCAUUGUCAUGCUGAAACAGAAAAGGGCCUUCCCCAAACUGUUGCCACAAAGUUGGAAGCACAGAAUCGUCUAGAAUGUCAUUGUAUGCUGUAGCUUUAAGAUUUCCCUUCACUGGAACUAAGGGGCCUAGCCCGAACCAUGAAAAACAGCCCCAGACCAUUAUUCCUCUUCCACCAAACCUUACAGCUGGCACUAUGCAUUCGGGCAGGUAGCGUUCUCCUAGCAUCCGCCAAACCCAGAUUCGUCCGUCGGACUGCCAGAUGGUGAAGCGUGAUUCAUCACUCCAGAGAACGCGUUUCCACUGGUCCAGAGUCCAAUGGCGGCGAGCUUUACACCACUCCAGCCGACGCUUGACAUUGCACAUGGGGAUCUUAGGCUUGUGUACGGCUGCUCGGCCAUGGAAACCCAUUUCAUGAAGCUCCCGACGAGCAGUUCUUGUGCUGACGUUGCUUCCAGAGGCAGUUUGGAACUCGGUAGUGAGUGUUGCAACCAGGGGCGGUGUGUUCAAUAGGGCGAUAUGGGCGACGCACUGCCAAACGGGAAAAGGAAGGGAUUUUUUUUCUAAUCAAUUAUAUCACGGCAACAGUAGUUAUCAGUGUUGUAAUCUAGACGUCUGAUCUGCCACAGUGCCACUAAAUGUCCAAUCAGGCUAAAGUCGUGCUUCAAAUGGCCCCCCCCCCCCUUUUGGGGCGAUUUCAGUCAGGUUGAAAAUCGCCCAGAAGUCUGUCAUAGACUCCCAUGUAAAAUCUAUUUUUUUCAAAUAUCAGAGCUUUCAAUACAAUCUCUAUGGGUUUCUGAGGGCUUGCACUUACGCGCUUUCGUCAUACGUAACAUAACCAUGAACGUAACUAAGAAAAGAGCGGGUAGCCUCGUCAAUCAAUUCACUACUACUAUCAAAAUGGCUAGGCUUCAGUGCAACUCGAUUGUGUCUUUGAAAGAAGUUCCUUUUUGUCGGCGAACAAAUGAAGAUAAAUUGGCAACGAAACAAUUAGGACCUCCCAGACCAAAUUUAAUAAUUCAACAGGUUUCUACUAAAGGGGGGAAGUCCUACACCCGAGGAUUUUCCAAAAAUUGGUACGAACGAAAAACCUGGCUAGCAGGCUGCGAUGUAGCUAAUGCAGUCUUCUGCUACCCCCUGCUUACUCUUUCACCCUGAAGGCGGCACGGCAGACAGCACCGCUUGGACAGCGACUGGUGUGUAACGGACAUGCACCAUCUUUCAGGAAAGAUUAAGAAACAUGAGCUGUCAAAGACCCACAUGGAUAGCUGUUUGAGAUUGUCUGCUUUGGGGAGAGUGAACAUUCCCACUCAACUGGAUGAGGGAUACAGGCUAGCUGUCCGCCGCCACAACGAUGAGGUUAGUGUUGAUAAUCACAAGUUUACUGGAGAACUGAAACUGACAAGGCUGACAAGAUAGGACCCUUUUGUCCAUUGUUAUUGGAUAGGAACAGAACUUAUAACCAGCUCCUGACCUAAAUAGAUCUUAGCACAACAUUUUACUCAACAUAUCAUAUUCCAUAUUCACUAUAACAAAUAUAUUUACUACGACAUUAGCAAGAACCGCCACAUCCUCAGCCGGCUAAUCCAGUGUGUGAAGUUUUGCGGAGUGUUUGAGUUAGCUUUGCGAGGCAAAGAUGAAACUGAGGGCUCCACCAACCCUGGUAAGCCAACACUUUUGAGCUCAGUCAAUAAAUGCUUCUGGUAUUGACUUAUAUGCUGCCCCUGUCUUCAUGUUGUUGCUGGACAUAUCUUUUUUAAAAUGUGUGUAGGUCACCUAAAUCAUCAGAAAAAUUGCCCCCCCUGAGAAUUUUUUCAGGAGCCGCCACUGGUUGCAACCAAGCACAGACGAUUUUUACACGCUACGUGCUUCAGCAAUCGGCAGUCACGUACUGUGAGCUUGUGUGGCCUACCACUUCGCCGCUGAGCCGUUGUUACUCCUAGACGUUUCCACUUCACAAUAACAGCACUUACAGUUGACCGGGGCAGCUCUAGCAGGGCAGAAAUCUGACGAACUGACUUGUUGGAAAGGUGGCAUCCUAUGACGGUGCCAUGUUGAACGUCACUGAGCUCUUCAGUAAGGCCAUUCUACUCUGCCAGAUUGCAUGGAGAUGGCAUGGCUUUGUGCUCGAUUUUAUACACCGGUCAGCAACGGGUGUGGCUGAAAUAGCCGAAUCCACUCAUUUGAAGGGGUGUCCACAUACUUUUGUAUAUAUAGUGUACAGUAUAAACCAUCCCCCCUCUAACAGUAUUCUCAUUCCUCUCCUCCCUUCUUUCCUCAGAGGACAUUGAAAGAGCGGAACCCUCUUCUUGA